UGGUGUUGUGUAAAUUGUUUAUCCCGUUAAUGUCUUUCAAUUAGUAUAAAAUAAAGUGACAAAUCUAAACUGUAGUGUGUCACCGCAGUAAAAGACUUGUAAUAUUAGCGACAUAUCAACUACUUAAAAAAAUGAAUAUGAAACCAAAAUUUUUAAGCCCAGGCGAGAGUACUUGGAAAGAGGACAAAGCAGAUGUAGAUGUUAAUUCGGGGACACAAUUCGUUUACAAUGCUCACCAUUCAUUAGCUAUAGAUAUGCAACGUCAACGUUUACCAAUAUUCAAGAACAGGAAUCACAUAAUAUAUUUACUGGAAAAGUAUCAAACAUUGGUCCUGGUCGGUGAAACUGGUUGCGGUAAAAGCACCCAAGUACCUCAGUAUCUUUUGGAAGCUGGUUGGACUGGAGAUGGAAAAAUGAUUGGUAUCACGGAACCGAGGAGAGUAGCCGCCACCUCACUGGCCAAUCGUGUUGCCGACGAGCAAAACUGCGUCCUCGGCACCGUCGUAGGAUAUUCGAUACGCUUUGACGAUUGCACCAGUGAAAAUACGAGAAUUAAGUUCAUGACUGAAGGUAUACUGCUUAGAGAAAUGAUGGGUGAUCCUUUACUGACCAAUUACUGUAUCCUAAUACUGGAUGAAGUACACGAGCGUACCUUGCUCACCGACAUCGUGAUGGGAUUAUUGAAGAAGAUAAUUCGGAAACGACCAAGUUUGAAAGUAAUUGUGUCUUCGGCAACCGUCGAUGCUGAACAACUUCGUGAUUUCUUCAACACAAAUACUUCGAAGGACACUUCAAAGGACUCCGCGACAAUCAUCAGCGUUGAAGGUCGCCUAUAUCCCGUAGACACCUACUACGUUGAAGAACCAGUCGCUGAUUAUGUGAAAGCAGUUGUUGAUACAGCGUUAAAAAUUCACGUGUAUGAAGAACAGGGUGACAUCUUGGCGUUUCUUACCGGAAUGGAGGAAGUCGACAGGGCCGUUGAUCUGCUUAACGAGCACGCAAAACUGAUUAUAGAUGGCAAACAAAAAAUCUUACCACUUCCGAUGUACGGCUCUCUUCCGAGCUCGGAACAAUUGAAAGUAUUUUGGAGCGCCCCAAAAGACACGAGGAAAGUUAUCGUCGCGACGAAUAUAGCCGAAACUUCGAUCACGAUACCUGGCGUUGUUUACGUAAUCGAUAGUGGGUUUGCAAAAAUCCGUUGGUUUGAGGUGGAAACACACACUGACAGCCUAAUAGUAGCACCAGUAUCCAAAGCAUCUGCAAGUCAACGAGCUGGGCGGGCUGGUCGGGUUCGAUCCGGAAAAACAUACAAACUCUACACAGAGGAUGCAUUCGACAAAUUUUUUGAAGCAACUCCUCCAGAAAUGCAACGUUCAGAUCUAGCACCUGCCAUUCUACAGCUGAAAGCUCUGGGCAUUGAUAAUGUAUUGCGAUUCAAUUUUCCCUCACCACCGCCAACAAAGAAUCUUCUGUGCGGUCUAGAACUCCUUUAUGCUUUGGGGGCCAUUGACAAUAAUGGAGAAUUGACAAGUCCGUUGGGAGUAACAAUGGCAGAAAUGCCAUUAGACCCUGUCUAUGCCAAGUGUCUGAUAGUCUCAGGUACUAUGGGAUGCUCGGCAGAGAUAACAAUCAUCCUAGCUAUGCUUCAGGUUCAAAAUGUAUUUACGAUACCCGGAGGGGGUCAAGCAGCUUUGAAAGCACGAGUUGCACGUCGGAAAUUUGAAGCGGAAGAAGGGGACCUGAUCACGUUGUUAAAUGUCUAUACGGCCUAUGAGUCCCAGAAAGUAACAAGCUGGUGUCAUCAGAAUUUUCUCAAUCACAAAUCGCUACGAAGGGUCACAGAAAUUCGUACCCAGAUGUGUAAAAUGCUUAAAAAGUUGAAUAUUCCACUUAUCUCUUGUCAAGGUGACACCGAAAAGGUUCUCAGGUGCAUUACUGCCGGCCUUUUCCCCAACACUGCUUAUCUUCAUUACACUGGGGUGUAUAGGACCGUUCGAGGUAGCAGGGAACUUCACAUUCACCCCAACAGCUGUCUAUACACUGUUCGACAACCUCAAUGGCUCAUCUUUUGCGAAAUUUUGCACACCAGCAAAACGUAUAUGCGUGAAUUGACAGUUGUAAAACCAGAAUGGCUGGAAGAAUUAGCGCCUCAUUUCUACGAAAGGCGUGCCAUCGAUCCUUUCUAGACCCAUAACGGAUGAAAAUGAAUGGAUCGCUGUUUUGAAACCCAUCAUAAACGAUGGAAGAAUUUACAGCCACUAAAAGCAUGAGAGAAUUUUCAAUUUUUUCCAUCAAUGAAAGUGAGAAAAAAAAUAGAUAUGAAUUUUGGUAACUAAUAAAUUGGUACUUUGUGUAAACUGAGUGUAUUUAUUUUUCUGUCGCCGUGGUCAAUACUUAAACUGAACCGGCUUCUUCUGAUGCUGCAUAUUAAAAAGUUCUCUAAGUGAUAAGUGAAUUGAUUUCAGGGACUGAAAAGUUUUGAAGUUUUGCAACGUUUUAAAUAUAAAAUACGAUAAUUUUAUGGAAUUUAAUGGAGUAUGAAAUAGCAGGAUGGGAAGAAAAUUAGAAACAUUAAUUAUAUCCAACCAAAAACUGUUGACAAACAGACGGGAAUAUAUGUAAAAAUAAAUUAGACUCUUCAGUGGAUUGGUGCAAGGUGCGUAAAUUUAAUAGGUAUAAGAAGAAUACAUAAGUUUCCUAAGGAAUAUAAAAAUAUUUAAGUUGAAAUAUUUAUAAAUGUGUAUGGUUUGAAUGAAUGGACUAUUACGCAUGAUAUUUUUGCAGUUUUGCAUGUCGGUAAGUUUCAGGGACAGAUGACUAACUGAUGAAACUUUGUGGUUAAAUUCACGUAAAUGUUAUAAAGCCUCGAAAUUUUUUACAAAAUAUUAAAAUUUUCAGAUUUCCAGUGCCAUCUGUAGAGUUAGAAUUCAUAAUUAAAAAAAACAAAAGGAAUAAAUUAAAAUAGUUGAUGCAAUAUUAACAAUUGCGAAAAUCAUUUCACGGAAAAAAACAAACUUUUUAAAGUAUACAGCAUACAAUUUUGUACUCAAAAUCUAGAACUUGACUGUCUCUUUUAAUGUGUGAGACAAAUAGCUGUUACAUCUCACAAUUAGUUUCUACGAUCUGUAUUAUAAUAAUUUUCAUCGAGGUAUGUAAUGCUAUUACUUUUCUUCUGUCAUUCUGUCAAUUGUAAAUAUCAUCAAUGUAGUGACAUUUAUUUAUUAUCUCCAAUUCUUAAAAACAAUUCUAUGUAAUGUAAAUAUUUAUCAUAAAGUAAACAAUGUAUAUGUAAAUAUACGGUAUAUUUCAAAGAAAAUAUUAUUCUGAUGCUACAUAUUGGACACAGUAGCGUUUAUCGGUGCCUUCCACUCCCG